AUGACUGCAGAUGAUAACUCGACUGGGGCUAUUCGUCACGAUUUGACUCCCCCAUCCACCCCGCCUUCACCAUCCCAUUCGGUUGGUGCUGAGAAAUUCCAAGCCAAUGGAGCUGCUAAUCCAUCCAAUUUAGAAACUAUCAAGGAUGAAAGCUCAUCAGCGCACGCUAAUGUAGACGCCAAAACUACCUCCACCGAUGAAAGCGUAGAAACCGCCAAUGAAGAAUUAUCUCCUGAAGCUGAACAGAAGGAGAUUGCCAUCAAGUUGUUUAAAGAGGAAUUUGUUUCCAUUCAGCCUGAAGAAUAUACCCAAUUCUUAGCUGCUAACGACAAUGAAUCUACUAAUAUUAGAGAAUUUUACAUGGAUCUCUUCCAAUGGGAUGCCAACUUGUUGAAGUCCACCAGAAUGCUCUGCUCUAAAUUAUAUUUGAAGGGUGAAUCACAAGAAAUUGAUAGAAUUUUAUCAAGUUUUACCAAGUCUUACAUCAAGCAACAUCCUACAAAUGUGUUCUGUACUAGAAACUUUGAAAAGAUUUACAUUGUGUUGUAUUCGUUGAUUUUGCUUAACACUGCGUUACACAACUCAGAAUUGAACAAAAAGUCCAAGAUUAGUCAAGCUGACUACAUUAAGAACACUUUCAGUACUUUUAUCCAACAGAAUCCAAAGCUGCUGAAAAAAUUGAGCAUCAAGCAAAGAAUUACCAUCGAAAGAGUUUUGAGUACUUACUAUGAAGAUUUGAGUAAGAACGAAUUACACUUGAAGCAGAGCGACGAGCCACUGAACGGUGGAGAUUUUAACUUGAUGGCCAAGCAAAACGAAUUGAAGCAUCAGCAAAGAAAUAAAAGAAUGUCUGCAGUUGAUUCAGUGUUAUCUAGAGAUAAUGGGUCGAUUAUCAACAGCUAUAGAGAUAACGGUAACAAUACGAACAAUAAUACCAAUGGUAAUGGUGCAGGUAACUAUUCUAACGGAAAUUAUUCAAAUAAUCAGGACCAUAAUAAUAAUAAUAGUAUUCAAGCAUCAAUCCAAAGACCUUUACCUCCAGUUCCACUGAAUAAUAUCAAUGAUAUGAAUGAAUUUCCAAACUUAUCUAGACAAGUUUCAGGUUCUUCCAUUUGGUCCACUGAUACUAAUGGAAACCGCAGACAAUCCUUGUCCAUGAAGAGAAUGUCUACAACUUCGUCAGCAGUAAGCCAAUAUACUGCAGCCAACACCUCAAGCUCUACCCUCGGUGGAACUAGAAACUCGGCUAGAGUAGGUUUCACUAGAGCUUUGGCUUCUGACCAAAAUAAUCAAAAGUACUACAAUGGAUCUGAUUCCCGUUUAGGAAAUAUCCCUUACUCAGUUCGUAACAGACAAUCAUUAAAUCAAUUAAGAGGCGCACCAGGACCAACUUCAUUACAUUCUAAUUCAUUAAACAAGAGAUCUUCCAGGGCUUCUAUAAUCUCCAGAGAAUCUAACGCUUCAUUAAAUGGUGAGGAUACAUUAUCAGUGUUAUCCUUAGAUACAUUUAACAUCAAUGAAAUGAACUUCGGUGAAGAACAAUUCCAAUUGCGCCAGCAACAUCUUGACGACUUCAAUGUUGAAGAUUAUCAAGAUCAAUACGAUUUAACUUUGGAGUUACAAGGGUCUCCAUACUUGAAGGAAGGUUUGUUGAGAUUGAAGAUUUUGCAUAACGAUCAAUUAGAUAACUCUACAACUAAUACCCAAGAGAUCAGUCAACCAAACGUCCCACAACCACAAACUGCCACCGGUAGAUUUUUCUCAUUUUUCACUAAGACUUCAGCACCAGCUCAGCAACAAUCAUCAGGUUUAUCAAGCAGUGCUACUGCAGGUUCUCUGACUAUUGCAGCCAGUAGAUUUGUUGAGAAUUUUGUUGUUGUAUCCAAGGGAGAAUUACAAUUGUAUUCAUUUGACCCUAAGGUCAUCAAGAAGCAUCAACAAAAAUUGAAGAAGAUGCACAAGAACCAACAAAUUCAAGACGAAAGUGAUGAUGAGAUUAUUGGAGAUGGUAACUGGUUAAAGAACGCUGCAAACAUUGGUAACUAUAACUUAUGUUCCACACUUGCACAGUUGGAAAAGAAUGUUUCUCUGGCUAGUGGAGGAAGCAGCAGUGGAGCUCACUCUAAUAAGGUAUUAUGGUCAUUGACUUUUCCAAAGGUAUCUAAAAAGCAACCUAAGAAGUUUAUUUUUGAAGCUGGUACCACUGAGGUUGCCUUAGAAUUUAUCAACACAUGUAACUUCUGGGCUUCUAAGAUUACUGCUAUCCCUACAUUAGAAGAGAGUGUUUCUUCUAUUGAAUACGGUUGGACCAAUUUAGAAGGUUUGAUUGCAAAUAAAGACAACUUUAAGAAAUUGAAGAACAUUCAAAAGUGGGAACAGUUACCACAGGGUACAUUCUUGAGUAACUACAUGGUUACCAAUGGUAACGAAUUGAAUAGUGGCUCUGAUAACCAUUUGGGAAUGAUGAAACAAUUUGUAUGCACUUUGAACUACUAUAAUAACUUGAAAAGACAUUAUAAAGACUUCAACCUCAUCAAGGCAAGGUUUGUCAAGAAUUUCAAUUUCAAAGGUGUUCAAAGUUCAUCUAAUUAUCAUAAGAUUAUAAACAACUAUGAAAUUAAAAACGAACAGUACAAAUUUGAAUUGAACAAAUACAAAAAUUAUCUAAUUGUUUUAGGAUUCGGAUUGCAAUUGAGAUUUGAUUUAGAGGAUCAAGAUAAGGAAGCUAACAAUAAUGAAGAAAUUGAUGAUGCUGAAAUGGAGGGAAGCAACAAUGGUUCCAAUGCGGGCUCAGUUGAAGUAGCAACUACAGGUCAAGUUAUUGAUGGAGAAAACUUAGAAAGUAAAGAUUCUGAAUUGACUCAAUUGGUUAAAUUUGAAAUUGGCAAGUUGUUCAUUAACUUGAAGGAUAUUGGUAAGAUCAUUCCAACAUUUGCAUCAAGUCGUUCAUUAAAUAACUUGAGUGAAAUUAGAAAGGGAAAUAUCAAUCUUGAUGAUCCAAACAAUCAAUUUCCAUUGGUUAAGUCUCCAAAGACCUUUACCUUGGCAAAUUACAAGGACAAUGAACUGCCAGUCACCAAAUUGAUUCAAUCCCAAUCACAAGCUGAAACCAAUGGGAUUAGUGACAAAGACAUCAUGCAUAGUCAUAGCACAAACACUAUCACUGAGGAAGAUGAACCUGAUUCAGAUACUGCACCAGAAAGAGGGAUCCCACCAGCUGCAUCUCCACUUUCCGCAAUUUCCAUGUCCAAUGGCUCUAUAAAGACUGUCCAACAACAAACUUUGAAUGUUGCAAGGGCACACAUUGUGAAAGUCUCCGAUUAA